CUUGCAGAAUGUCCUCCGUCUGAUCUUGAUCCAACGGAUGCCAGCGUCUUACCGUGGUAAAUCCCCGCCUCCGGGAUCGACGAGCCCGAUGACUACUUGUCUUCCUCGUGACGGCAACCGGUCAAACGACAGCGCGGCCGUCCACGGCCACGCGUCGGGAGAGCCUUCAAGGCCAAGGAAAGGAGCUGCGACAUUUGACCGCCGCUCCCCCUUCCACUCACGUGACCGACCGCCUGCAGCCGGUUGUCGCUGACUCAUUGCCCGCUUCUCAGGUCACCGUUGACUUUGCGAUGCUCAGCACCACAGAAUAAAGGAAGGCUUCAGCCCCACUCUUCCUCUCCUUCAAGGCCCUGCUGCUCCUCCUCCUCCUCCCACUGCCUCCUCCUCCAUCGCCCUCUCCAUGUCCGCAAACGAUAGAGAGCUGUACUUCCAUGAUGACUUCUCCUUCUACGCCGAGCGAGAUCUGUCGCUGCUCUCCGGUGAGAUGCCGAGCGGUGCUGCCAUCGGCACCCUGCAACCCUUGUCUCCUAUCAUGAGCUUCGAUGACUACUUAAAGCUGGACGCGUUGGACCCUGGCGAGCUCGCCCCUCCUGAGCUAGUGGCCGAUGGUGCUGUCAACUCCACUAACAAUUUGACGCCGUCGACUGGGUGCGGUGCAGGCACGUCGCCUGCAUCACCGAGCUCUUCAGUGCCAUCUUCGUCGACCGAGGCAGCGGGCGAGGAGGACACAAGCCGACGCAAGAAAGAUCAUCUGAAGCAGGAGGAAGAGGAGAUCGAGAUGGAACAAAAGCUACAGUCUAAAGCUGAUAACGACAAGCCCAAGAAAGUGAGCAAACCGAAGAAGAGAGGAGAGAAAAGACGAAGAGAGCCUCGUUUUGCUUUCAUGACCAAGAGCGAGGUUGAUCAUCUUGAAGAUGGCUAUAGGUGGAGGAAGUACGGCCAGAAGGCAGUCAAGAACAGCCCUUUUCCGAGAAGCUACUACCGCUGCACAUCGCCGACAUGCUUGGUGAAGAAGACGGUGGAGAGAUCAUACCAAGAUCCAGCAAUUGUCGUCACAACCUAUGAAGGGAAACACACUCAUCACAGCCCCGCACCUGCUCGAGGAAGCACACAGUCGCUUGCAUCUCCACCGACGGCGUCGACAAGCUUCCGCCACCAUCACCACUACCACCUGAUGCACCAACCAAAUCUGCAUUGCUUCCUGCAAUCUCCUUUCCAGGGAUUUCAAUUCCCUGACUGUGAUCUGCUGCAAGACAUUUUACCUUCCUUCACACAGAAAAGCCAACCAUGAUAUGGCUUAGUUUGCUCUCUCUAUGACUCCACUAUCACUGUACAUGAACGUUCCUAACUAUAAGAUGAUGAGGUUAUGUAGCAAGCAAA